AUGGAUCGUGGAAGAGGCUCAGGCCAUCGUCGCCGUGACAAUCGUCGCGAUGGAAGACGCGACAACCGCCGCAACGGUCCCCCGAAUGGCGACAGGUCGGGCGGCCAGCAGCAGCAUCAGCAGCAGCCUCAGCAGCAAGCCCAACCUGCGGCGUCAGCGGUGGCAUACGAGACUACCGCACCGCCCCUCACCGAGCCUGUCCCGCAGGACACACCGAGAUUCGCCGAUAUGGUCGGCGUCCACCCGUCUCUGGUUCAGGCCAUCACCGAGGAUCUCAAGUUCGACCACAUGAUGCCCGUCCAGGCUGCCACUCUUGAGGAGCUCCUUCCCCCCAAGCGCAGCGACUGUCUCGUCCAGGCCAAGACCGGUACCGGCAAGACCAUCGCCUUCCUGCUUCCCGCUAUUCAGACUCUGCUCACCCAGAACCGCGGCCGUAAUGGCGGCAUCUCUCUGCUGGUCAUCUCACCCACUCGCGAGCUGGCCAUGCAAAUCGCAAAGGAAGCCGAGGCGCUCCUCCAGCGUCUCAAGCAGUACCGCGUUUGCAUCGCCAUUGGAGGCACCAACAAGGACAAGGAGGAGAGGCAGAUCCUCCAGGGCUGCGAUAUUCUCAUCGCCACCCCCGGCCGUCUCAUCGACCACAUGGCCAACGAGUACAUCCAGGACUCUUUCAGCAACCUCGACACCCUUGUUCUCGAUGAGGCUGAUCGUCUGCUCGACAUGGGCUUCAUGCCCGCCCUCAAGGACAUCGUUCGCGCACUCCCGGAUAAGUCCAAGACCAACCGCCAGGGCAUGCUCUUCUCCGCCACCAUUGCCUCCCACGUCCAGCAGGUCGCAGGUCUCGUCCUCUCCCCGGGUUACAAGUUCAUCUCCACCAUCCCCGCCGGCGAGGCCAACACCCACGAGCGUGUCCCUCAGCACCUCAUCAAAGUACCCACCUUCGCCGCCGUCGCCCCGGCCAUGGUCGGCGCUAUCCGCGAGGAGGCAAACACCGUCGGCCCCGACAGCUUCAAGGCCAUUGUGUUCGCACCCACCGCCGCCCUCGCAGACUUCUACGGCGACAUCCUGACCAACAUUCCCGGCCUGCCUCAAGCUUCCGUCCUUCACUCUCGCAUCUCCCAGGGCCGACGCACCAAGAUCACCAACGACUACCGUGACUCCAAGACUGGCGUUCUCGUCGCCACGGACGUCAUCGCUCGCGGCAUGGAUUUCCCCGGCGUCACCACCGUCUUCCAGGUCGGCAUCCCCGCCGACAAGGAGUCAUACAUCCACCGCCUUGGUCGUACUGCUCGCGCCGGCGCUGAGGGCCGUGGCAUCUUCAUCGUCACCGAGAUGGAGGACUUCUUCCCCCGCUGGCAGCUCAAAGAGAUCAAGUUCGAGCAGCGCGCCGCGGACACUUCUUCGGCGGAGCAGGUGUACGCCAUCGCCGAGCAGCAGAUCGACGAGGCGCAGAAGGCCAAGAUUUACCAGGCCUGGCUGGGUUACUACAAGAACUGGAUGAAGCCCCUCAAGUGGGAGAAGGAGGACCUCGUGGCGGAGGGCAACGUCUUCGCGCGCGAGGCUCUCGGAUGCCCCGAGACGCCUCCUAUUCAGAAGAGCACGGUUGGCAAGAUGGGUCUGCGUGGUACCCGGGGCCUGGUCGUUGUUCCGGAUGCGCCCAAGGGACGCCACGGACGCGGCGGAGGCGGCGGCGGUGGAGAGGGACGCAGCGCGGGCUCCGGCGGACAAGGAGGACGUGGCGGAGGAGGAGGAGGACGCGGAAGACGCGGUGGAAGAUCUUGA